GUGCUUGGAAGCAAAGCACUAUAAAAUCCAUCGCACACUCCCCAUUCCACUCACUCCACUCCGAAGUAGAGGCGCAGAGCAAGAGCAGCUCACGACCAAUCACCAUGGCCUGCAGCAACCUCAAGCACCUGGUCGUCGCCUUCCUCGUCCCGCUCCCCUCCAUCCUCUUCUACCUCUCCUUCGUCCGCCCAGGGGGCGACGGCGACGACAGCCCGCUCUCCUCGUGGUGCGCCGCGCACCCGCUCCUCCUCGCCAACAUCCUCUUCUUCCUCAACGUCGACGUCCUCUUCUGGCUCGUCGGCCUCCUCCUCUCCAACCACUGGCUCAUUGACCUUUACUGGACCGUCAUCCCGGUGAUGCUGCUGCACUACUACCGGGGACACCCGGCGUCCGUGAUGGACACAGCGAGGUCCGCGGUGGCGGUGGCGCUCACCUGGGUGUGGAGCGCCAGGCUCACGCACAACUACCUCCGGCGGGAGGGCUGGGAGUUCGGCAAGAGGGAGGACUGGAGGUUCAACGAGAUGCGCGGCCAGUACGGCAGGACCUGGUGGUGGAUGUCAUUCUUCGCAGUCUAUAUCUCGCAGCAGGUAUUCCUGAUCGGCAUAUGCCUGCCGAUGUACGCCAUCCACUCCAGCAACCAGCCGUGGGGCAUCUGGGACCUCUUGGCAGCAACCGCCUGCAUCGCCGGAAUCGUCAUCGCUCACUUUGCCGACACCCAGCUGCACAAGUUCGUGACCAUGAACGAGAAACUGAAGCAGCUGGGCGAGCCUACUGUGCCGACCCUCGAGGAGGGCCUGUGGAGGUACUCGCGCCACCCUAACUACUUCGGCGAGCAGCUCUGGUGGUGGGGACUGUACCUCUUCGCCUGGAACCUGGGUCAGUGGUGGAUGUUUCUCGGGCCGCUCGUCAACAGCCUCUGCCUUGGCUAUGUCACGGUGCUCGUCGAGCGGCGUAUGCUGAAGCAGGAGCAUCGGGCUGAGGCAUACAAGCUGUACCAGAAGAGGACCUCGGUGUGGAUCCCCUGGUUCAGGAAGGCCGUCCCAGAACCAAAGCAGAAGGAGACCUAAGUCCGUCGUGCAGUUUAUUUUGGCCAGGUUGUUCACCAUGUUGUUGUUCCAUUCUGUCGUGCCAACCACUUGUCAUUCGAUCUGCUCUGUGCAGUUAACUAUGCUUGAAUUGUAACUUGUAUCAUGAUCACCUGUUAAGGUGUAAAUUAAUAAUAAUGUAACUACUUUGAUUUGUCUAAUCGCAAGCUUGCUUGCUGUU